AACGACAACGCUACGAUCCCAAUCCUUACCCUGAUGAGCACUCAAGUGCGCUCCAUUGCCCCAACCCCCUCUUCCACUCGCUCCCUUCACCACAAAACUUCAACAAGCUACAUAAAUGGCAGCAGCAGUGCUACCCGUACAGUAACUCACCAAUCAUCGCGGAACUUUUAUGCCGCCAAUCCUCCCCAACCAACCUCAUCUAAGAAAUUCCAGUGGGUCAAGGGCGAACUCAUCGGCCAAGGGUCAUAUGGACGCGUAUUCUUGGGACUCACAACUGGUGGAGAGCUUAUGGCUGUAAAGCAAGUGGAAACACCCCAGACAGCUAGUGACCGAGUGAACCCGCGGCAACUGGAGGUCGUCGAGGCGCUUAAACUCGAGAGCAGGGCACUACAGUUGCUGGGUGACCAUGAAAACAUUGUUCAGUAUCUUGGUUUCGAGGAGACGCCAGCCACACUCAACAUUUUCCUGGAAUACAUCCCCGGCGGAACCAUUAGUUCAUGUCUCAGUCGACACGGUCGCUUUGAGCAGAAUGUCUGCAAACACUUUACUCGACAGAUCGCCGCUGGCCUGGAAUUCCUUCAUUCAAAGAAGGUAUUACACCGCGAUCUAAAAGGAGACAACAUCCUGGUCGAAACAUCCGGAAUCUGCAAAAUAUCCGAUUUUGGUAUUUCCAAAUUUUCAGAGGCGCAAGACAACCAAGCAUUCACUGAAUUGAGAGGCACUGUAUUCUGGAUGGCACCAGAGGUAGUUGACGCCCGGAAACGGGGAUACGACUCCAAGGUUGAUAUAUGGUCACUUGGUUGCGUUCUUCUAGAAAUGUGGAGCGGGGAAAGACCAUGGGCUGGAGAAGAGGUCAUUUCUGUCAUGCUGAAGCUGUAUAAGGAUAAGCUGCCCCCGCCGCUCCCUCCCGAUGUCAAGGCUGAGCUCUCAGAGCUUGCUUUAGACUUUCAUGACGAGUGUUUUGCGCAAAACCCGCAACACCGUCCAAAUGCUACCGUAUUGCGCCAACAUCCUUACCUAUCGCUACCUCCAGACUGGACAUUCUCUCUCUCUGACUUGGAAAGGUCCACAAGACAGUCGCGCAAAAAGAGCAAGACUAACACUAGCAUCAAACACCGCAACUCUUCCGCGCCUGCCUCGCGGCAUCGCCGAGCGCCGACUUCAGAUACCCUGCUCCCUCCUCUUCCUCCCAAACCCAACUCUGAGGCCACUAUUCGCCCAGCUGAUCACACCCGAUUAGCAUCUAUGGACACCGCUGUUGUCUAUCCACCGCCUUCGAAACCACCUGCUGACCUACCCGCCAUCGUAUUUAUCACCCCGCCACCCUCGCCACGAAUAUCAUCACGUAGUUCCAGCUUUUCCACGACCUCUGGGAGCACACCGAGUUCAGUCUCUGCUUAUCCACCACGCAAGCGGGGCAACUUUCGUGUUGCCAAUCCAGACCCCACUCCCGAAGAUCGGCGGGCUGUUCGGUUUCGUCCGCCAUACGUGUUUACCCCUCCGCCAUUGCCUCCUUCCUUACCUCCGCCGCUCCCCAUUCCAUUAUCAUCGCGCGAUGAAAGGCGGCUGGCUCCAGCUGUCUCCAUGCAGAACCUCGCGUCACCCAUUGCCACAACUUCGACCACCAGCUCGCAGCUCGAUUAUUCUGACAGCGACAGUGACAGCUAUGGCAUGUGGAAGAAGCCACCCGAAGCACUCAAAACUUCACCCAGCAAGGCACAGAAAUACGCCCGCCGCCAAAGCAUCAUUGAGACUAAACGAAACACUACUUGGGCUCCACGACCCGAAAUGGGAGACGUAUAUUCUCAUUUGGACGAAUUCUUCCCCAAAGUCGAUCUGGACCAACCACUCGAUACUCUGACCGACCGGCAACGCAGGACGAAGAGCAUUCGUAUGCAAGCGGCAGAAAUCAAUCGGCUCAAUCAGGAACCAGGGCUGCAUCGCAGAGCCACGAGGCUCUGGGGUCAUCAAGUGGAGGAGGUUAGAAAUAAAGCAAGUUGA